UCUGGUCUCCCCUCCCUCAUGUCGGCUUUGCGGGAGCUCCGGGCGCACGGGCGCUCGCUGGUGGCGCGUCUCCCGGCUCUCUCGCUUGAUUAGGGAAUUUGAAAGUCCGGAGGACGGCCCCAGCGCUGGACGGCGCAGAACUGUGUCUGUCUCUCGCCUCUCCCGGGAGCCACGCGAGGCAGUUGCCUGAUCGCUUUGGCUCGGGCAGAUCUGGGGAAGCCAGCUCCACUAGGGCGCCAGGGAUUAGCGACAGAUUAGAUGACAAAAUCAGUAUCACGAGAUGCCUGGGUGGAUGUUACAAACUUCUUUGUCAGAUUUAAGUGUUUAUGACUAACAUUAGGAUUGCUAACCAUUAUGACAUCUGCCGCAUCAGUGAUGCCUUCACGUCUCAUGUGAACGGGGCUUUCGAACACCUGUUCAUCGUAGCUGAGAGCGAGAGGCUGGUCCUGUGAAUAGUUUCCAUGCAGCCUGUGAUGAGCCAUCCUCUGAGGCAGAAGCUCCCCGUUUGAGACCUCAAGAGCUCCCGGCUCUUGUCGACCUCAGCCUGAACUCUGGGAUGCCCCUCUGAGCUGGUCAUAUGUGCAGACUGCACCCAUCAAGCCCAGAGCCCAGAGCAUUGCAGGUGUGCUGGAUUGUUUAAACAGACUUAUUAGUCUUUGUCGAACCCCUGAGGACCUGCACUGGCCAGUAUAUUAGGAACACCUUCACCCACCUCCAGUCAGAAGAACAGGUGAUCUCAGUGGCAGGCAGUGCUCUGGUGGCUUCAGGAACCCGAGACAGAAUUCCAUCUCCUUCUCUGGCCAGAUUGGCCCCCAAGAAGCCAAACCUUUUGGAGCAGGAGCGUCCAUGAACCUAAUCGUGCCAGAUAAGCGGGCAGGGAAUUUGGGGGACUGCUGAGGGAUAUGUGUGCCCUUCCUGCUCGGGCUGCAGAGGCCCAGGGGUUCCUCCCGUAACAGCUGGUGAGAGCUUGAAACCUGCGGAGUCGGAGUCCCUCAGCCGGCCAGUCCCCUGUGCGCGGAGCCCUGACGGACAGCGGUCUGGAUGUGCUGCUCCGCGGGCUGGGCGGGACCACCCCGGGGGGAGACCGGCCAGAACGCCCCACCCUCCCCAGAGCCGACGCCGGGUCUGUGGAGUCAAGCCAGUUUUCCCGUCCCUCGGGUGGCAGGUCCCUGAUGCGGUCGGCGCCCCCCCGAUGGCCGUGUUCACCGGAGAGGGCUGGUCACGGAACGGGUCGGAUCCCGGCCCGGACCCGGCGGCCAACGCCACAGUGCCGCCGGACCACUACCGCAACUACUACGCCAUGUUCUACUCCCUGCUCAUCCUCGCCAUCAUCUUCGGGAACGUGCUGGUGUGUCUGGCCGUGCUGCGGGAGAGGGGCCUGCAGACCACCACCAACUACCUGGUGGUCAGCCUGGCCGUGGCCGACCUGCUCGUGGCCUCCCUGGUCAUGCCCUGGGUGGUCUACCUGGAAGUUGUAGGAGGCGACUGGAUGUUCAGUAGAAUGUACUGCAAUAUUUUUGUGACUCUGGAUGUCAUGAUGUGCACAGCCAGCAUUUUAAACCUCUGUGCAAUCAGCAUAGACAGGUACACGGCGGUGGUGAUGCCCGUGCUCUACAACACCACCCACAGCUCCCGGAGGAGAGUGUCUGUCAUGAUAGCCGCCGUCUGGGUUCUCGCCUUUGCUGUCUCGUGCCCUCUCCUCUUUGGCUUUAACACCACAGAUGAUCCAAGUAUUUGUUCUAUAUCAAACCCUGAUUUUGUGAUUUACUCCUCGGUGGUGUCCUUCUACUUGCCCUUCGUGGUGACUCUGCUGGUCUACAUCAGGAUCUACAUCUUUCUGAGGAAGAGGAGGAAGCGUAUUGCUUUCAGGAAGGCCAGCGGGAACACCAAGUCAGAGGGCUACCCCCAGUCCGCGGAGACGUGUCUGCACACAGAGGGAGCAAAGGAGUCCUUAUCCAGAGAAAAAGUGGAUCUGUCUCCCAUAAAAAUUAAAGUGGAGAGCGCCGGGGCGCCCGCCCGCGGCGGCGACCCCCUGCUGCUGAGCUCCUGCCUGCGGAGGAAGAGGCAGAAGACCGCCCCCUCGGAGAACAAGCUCCUGCCCCCGCCGGACCUGCACAACUACUGCAGCAUCAGCCAGGCCUCCUUCGCCAGGACGGAGAACGAGCCGGAGGCCGGGGAGGAGCUGGAGGGGGCGGGCGGGCCCAAGAGGGCCUCGGAGGUGAAGAACCUGCCCAAUGGCGAGACGCGGAUCACGCUGAGACCCGCCCCCAGGCGCCGCAACAUGCAGCUCAGGGAGAGGAAGGCCACGCAGAUGCUGGCCAUCGUCCUGGGUGUCUUUCUUGUCUGCUGGCUACCCUUUUUUGUGACACACAUCCUGAACACUCACUGCAAGUCCUGCUAUGUGCCUCCUGAAGUCUACAGCGCCACCACCUGGUUGGGCUAUGUAAACAGCGCUCUGAACCCUGUCAUAUACACGACGUUCAACAUUGAGUUCAGACGAGCCUUCAUCAAGAUCCUUACAUGCUAACGAGCAACCAAGCUGCUUUCUCAUCAUGCUUGUGGCCUCGUUCUAACGUUAUGGAAAUACACAAAGACAAAUCAUUUUCUAAUGUGUAAAUUGUGUGAAGGUAGUGGCAGCUGUUCUGCUGUAACCUGAGAAGCUCAAAUGCUAAAAAUAACUGAAUUGAAAAACCGAAGAGGAAGAUAGCAAGGUCUCAAGAGAUUUUGCCUUCAGAGAAAACAAGGAAACUUUGUAUGUAUGUAAAUCACCUGGCAUAACAAGUUAUUGCAUGGCUUUACAUAUAUUUUAUAUUCUUUACAUAUGUUGCCAUCAGUGGAUUUAAAAAAAAAUACCCAUGUAAAAUGAGGGGUAGGUUUUUUUCUUCUUCUAACAAGGAUCAGAAAGGAAUUUCCCAGUCUUUUUUUUUUUUUUGGAAAUCCUCUUUACGGCACUAUCUCCUUCUUCCAUCCAGUCGUUUACUUUCCCGAGCUCCACAUGAAGACCUACGCAGUGAGCAGCAUCACUUUCAUAAUCUCCUUGCAAAGCAGGGGGCCUCUGGAACCAUUCGCCUGACAAAAGAAAAGCUGUUUGACGUUUAACUGCGGAGAACUCCUGGCUUUGGUGCUGUCAGGCUUCUGCAGUGCUCUGCUCACUUCAAGUCUUUACGCCGAGGGUGGUGGGAGAGUGGAACAAGAUGGUCAGUCAUACCCUGGAUGCCCUGGAUUCUUUCAAGAAACAGCUGGAUGAGAUCCUUGGCUCAAGUACCAAAUGGGCUAGAUGGGCAGAAUGUCCUUCCCCUCAUCUGUAUCUCUUCUUAUAUCCCCUUUCAAACUCUGCAUUUUACCUUACCGUACCUUUCUAGCACAUAAAGCACAGCAGAGUGGCGGGCUGCUCCAUUAAACCUGGCACGGGUUUGUGACGCGAGCCGUUUGGCCGGCUUGAACCCGAGCCGUCAGAGUCUGGCGCCGGGCAGCGCCACGGGAGACGGCAGUCGCGGUGCGAGACGACUGCCAGCGUGCCCAGAGGUGUGACGGGCUCCCCUGCCCACGCCCCCUCCCUCAGCUGGCAGAAGAGCCAGCCUGGCACCUGCCACCGGGCUUCAGCGAUCAUUAACGAGGCCGCGGAGGUUAGCGCAGCCGGAGGCGGGAGCAGCGCGGCGCCGGAUCUCCUUGCGGAAGGUGGAUGUCGGUGAGGGGGCUGCACAGCUCGAACUAAGCCGGGGGGGGAGGUUAAUCGUUCACUCCUUAGCCUGAGCUGUGGUUUCCUGUUAACAGCGCCGAAGGUCUGUUAAAUGGUAAUGUCACACAGGAGCAAAUAGACUUCUGACACAGAUGGAAGACAAGGGACCUGCUGUGACCUGUAACUGAUCAAUAUUUUAAGCAUGCGGCGCUCGUUCAUUUAUUAUGUUUUGUGCAUUCAGAAGACGAACAGCUUCGUAGAUAAAAAAAAAUGGAAUUAAGAAUUAAGCUCUUGGUAUAUUUGAAUUCCUCACGUUUUAUUUCUCUCUCUUGCUGUGAGAACACUGUAAUAUUAAAAACACUUUUAAUAUAAGAGGGAGAGAGGCAAUGAAUGCGUUUUCUUUGGAUUUGAUCAAAUCCCUCUCCAGUAUGUAAUGACAAGUUUGAAAGAGUUUGUUUUUGCGUCUAAAUGAGGAACUUUGCUUUCUGUUCUUUUCUGCUCUUUCUAUUUUUGUUUGCUUAAGAGACACCAGUAUCCAGGGCAACAUUAAACAAUUACAAAGUUUAUAUGAUAUCUGAGUACAAUGUGUGUACCUGUUGGCUUUUAUUCGAAUGUGGGUGAUGGCUAAUAUCAAAGGAAUAUAACUGGUGAUAAAAUGUAGCUUUAUGGAAUAAACUAGUGAUUAAAGCA